CAUUGAGAGCAUUUCACUGUGAUACUUCCCGACAGUUUUGUUACUCAGUUCAGUUUGAUUUUUUGCCACGUUAAGAUCAGCAAAAUAAGAAGUAGUCAAUCAUGCCAUUUCUGGAGUCCCGUUUGAAUGACGCGCACGGAAAGCACAUAAAUAUUGAUCGUGAUCGCCCAGGGUUUACAAGACACUACAACGUUCUGCGAGAUACUAUCUACAAAGGACUGAAGGCGGUGGCGCCAUUCGACAAGUGGCUAAAUGGCCACAAACUGGGCGGAAGUUAUGGCGAUAAUUUGAAGAUUACAAUGCCUGAUGAAUUCGAUUUGGUAAUUCACUUGAAGUUUCCCGAAAACGAUAGGAUUACUGUGAAAAAGGAUCCCUGUAGACCUGGCAAUGUUAUUUUAAACAUGACAGAAGUGUUGGAAGUCCUAAAGAACCAGGAUCACAAUAGAGUCACAUAUACACAUUUGAUCAAAUUGGUUUCAUCGAAAAAUGAGCUUAUGGAGCAUAAGCUGCAGGCUUUGAUCACGAGUGCCAUGACAAAGGUGCUUAAUGGCAUGGAAAAUAAGAUUAAUGUGGAUGGUAAUAUCACGGAGGUGGUGUAUAGGAGAUGUGGGCCGGCGCACACGAUGUUCAUUGACACAAAGGAUAUCAAAUAUUCGGUGGACUUUGUGCCAGCCAUUAAGCUAAAUGCAAGCCAAAACAUUUUGGGUGAAGAGGAACUUAAGUACUUUGUUAAAAAUGGGUUUUGGGAGGCGAUUCCGAAACCUUUAAAGCCCAUCGAUCCGAACAAUGUUUCAUUCCGUGCCUCCUACUAUGACUCUGAGCUACUUAUGCUCAAGGAUAAACACAAGCUGAAGGAAGUCAUAAGAUUUAUGAAGAAAUUUCGUGACAAUAAGCAAAACAUGAGCAACUUGAAAAGCUAUUUCAUAAAGACUGUCUUGCUUUGGCAAGUUAAGGAAAAGCCCUCGGAUUAUUGGAGAACCUCUCAGCUUAAGGAUGUGCUGAUACAAAUGCUCAGAAAGCUAAAUACGUCUUUGGCCACGUCUGGCCGCUAUGGAAAAUUACCUUUCUUCUGGGAUCCCAAACUGGACUUGUUUGCCACAUUGACAGACACCCAGCGCUGCGAUAUGUUUAACUGCAUUACGGGGGUGAUUUAUACGCUGGAGCGUGCAGAUGGCAACUUGACGAAUGACAUCGAUAACUGUAUUAAAUUGAUAUUCAACACGCCAGCGGAGAAGCCAAUACUAUUCGUGAGGCCAAGUUCAUCUGUAGAACAGGAGCAGGAGCAGCGGCAGCAGCAGCAGCAGGAGCAGGAGCAGCGGCAGCAGGCGCAGGAGCAGCGGCAGCGGCAGCAGCAGCAGCGGCAGCAGCGGCAGCAGCAGCAGCAGCAGCGGCAGCAGCAGCAGCAGGAGCAGGAGAACGAGGGAGCAAGUCUUGCCCAAAUUGGGAUAGCCGCUGUGGCCGUUGGUGCCCUUGCCAUCGGCGCCUUUUCCUAUUUUAGGAGCACAAGGUCAAGGACCGAUUGAGAUUUCUCACUGAGAUGUGCUUGUAGAUGUACGCGUGAUGUCCUUGUCUAUUAAGUCGUUUACAAACCGCCGCCGGAGCGAUCGACGCUGAUCUUCUGCUUCAGAUUGGCCGCCUCGUGCUUCUGUUCCUCUAGCUCAGCCAUGCGAGCGAAACGGGAAUAGGCCACGUCGCCAGUUUUAAUCGCUGACAUCAUCUGUGCAAUUUAAUAGUAUAUACGUUAACAUUAAUCAUACUCUGUUCUACUAUGUUUACAGUGAUUCGUGAUAAGUAAUGUCCCCUUGUCUCUUCACAUGAAGCUUGCAAUUUAACGACUUUUAUAUAUGCUUUUAUAUCUAUGAUAAUUUUAACAAUUUGUAAGAGUCAAGACUUCUGAGUGAUUCCAAUUAUUAACGCAAUAUUAUAUACUUAUAUAACUUCCAUUUGUGCAUUAUGAGAAAUAAACUUGUAAUUCGGAUUGAAAGGGCA